GCAUGACCCUCCCGCCCGGCGCGCAGAGCGGGAACAGCCUCAGCAACGAAGAGCAGGCCGCCCUUCGCCGCAGGCCUUCAGGGGCGGUCAGCGAGGCGGAUGCCGAGAGCAUCGUGCAGCCCGAGGCCCAUGACUGGCAGCCCGACUCGGAGACCGAGGCCUGCAUGCGCUGCCGAGCCAAAUUUUCGUGGCCGCUGAAGAAGAAACACCACUGCAGGCAGUGCGGCCUGGUCGUCUGCUCGGGCUGCUCCCCGGCCCGCCAGCUUGUGCCGGCGUUCAGCAGUACCGAGCUCGUCCGCGUCUGCAAGGUCUGUGCCCAUCAACCCGCACGGCCUGAAACCAUCCUCGAGGGCGCGCCCGAGGGCAGCACCUCGCCCGCCGCGGGCGCGGAGGGGGCCCCGGCAGGCCCGUCGGCGACGCGGCAGCUGGCGCCCAUAGGCUCACUGACGGGCCCGGUGCCCUCUGGUAUCCCCAAAGACUUCGGGGUGUUGCGCCUCAGCGUGGUCGAGGCCAAGGGCCUGGUGGCGGCGGACGUGAACUGGAUGGGCAAGGCGACCUCGUCGGACCCGUACUGCGUCGUCGGCCUCGAGGGCGGGGCACAGUUCACCACCAGGGACGUCCGCGGCACGCUCGAGCCGAGGUGGGACGAGGAGCUCAGCUUUUACCUGGCGCGCCCUCACGGCACGCUGACCGUGAAGCUGUUCGACAAGGAUCUGACGAGCAGGGACGACCUGCUCGGGUCGGCGAGGAUCCCGCUGGGUGGCCUGCGGCCCGGGAGGAAGGCGCGCGGCUGGGUGCCCCUGGAGCCCGCCGAGGGCGAGGAGGGGCCCGCGGGCGCGGUGCUGCUGGAGCUGGAGCUCAAGCACUUCCACGAGCGCAGGCACCUGAAGAAGUACCUGAUACCGCCCCCGAGCCCGCCGAAGACCCCAGAUCCAUUCGACAUCAACAACAUCUACGCUCCGAGUAUGAAGCUGCUGGACCUGCUGUGGGUACAGCUUGGCGCCCCGGCGUUGUUCGAUCUCCUCGACCUGCUGUUCUGGACUAACCCAAGGCGGUCAGCCCUGGUCUUGGUGUCCUGGAAUAUUAUGGCGGCGUGGUUUCUCGGGCACUGGCCAGCCUUGAUCUUGUUGCGCCUUGCCGCGUACAUGCUGUCCUGCCGGUCUCAGAGGGUAUGGUUCGACCCGGCUGAGGUCUACUCAAUCGAGAACGUCAAGGCGGCGAAGAAGUGCCUGAACGUGCAAGCGGGGUCAACGGCAAACCACGCCGUCGUCCAACUGUGGGACAACCCGGACAGUGCCCACUCGCAGUGGCGGAUCCGCAGACACGGGGAAGUGUUUGUCAUGGAGAACGUGAACGCGGCCGGGAAGUACCUCAGCAUCGCUGGUGGCGGCAAGGGCAACGGACUGAACGUCCGCCUCUCCAGCAACCCGAAGUCGGAGCGCUCACAGUGGCGCCUCGCCAAGAGGCCAGGUGGAGCCUAUACUCUCGAGAGCGCGUACGCGCAGUCGAAGUACGUGAACGUCAUUGGCGGCAGCGAGGACAACGGCGCCGGCGUGGUCGUAUGGGACAACCCGUACGCGACCGAGACGCAGUGGCGCGUGGUUAAGCAGAAGCCUGGCGCGGUGGACGCGGUGUCCACUGGGGCCUCUGAGCAUCAGGCUUGGGCCCAGCCUCUGAUACACAGGAAUCCUGCCUGGGGCAAGGUCGUGCAGGAGCUCCAGCCUUUGGUGGCGCUGACGACUGUGUAG